AAUAAAUUCAAAAAUAAAAACAAGACAAAACAAAACAAUUAUAAUAAUAAAAAGAAGAAGAAAAUAAAUAAAUAAAUACUUGCCUUUAUUUGUUAAAUCCACACAUAUAUUGAACAGCUUCUUCUUGCAGCCAUACCAGCAACAAAGAAAAAUCACUUAUUUAAUUUAAUUAAGCCAUAAUUAUAAAUAAUAGAGCUUCAAAGCCAUCUAAUUACAUAAUAAACUAGAAAAAUAAUUAUAAUAAUGCAUCGUAGCUCGACUAAAGCAAAUCACAAUUAAUUUUCUUCUCAUAAAUAACAAAUCUUUUCUGCUAAUCCCUUAGUUAAUUCAGAGGUUGGAUAGCUUAUUGGGAAAAAAGCUCAACUGCUAUUCCCUUAGUUUGAUAUUGAAUAAGAAGAAUUUAUAAAAGGAGACAUAGAAUAAGCUAUUGCAAGCUUUGUGGUCAAUCUUUAGUCACCAUAAAAUAAAUUUGAUCUGGAGUCAACAAUGAUGAAAAUGAGGAAAAUUGCUGAUGAGUAAGAAAAGAAAAUUCAAAAAUCUAUCAAUAAAGAUAAUCAAUAUACUGAGGAGGAUGCCUUCGGAUUUACUUCUGCUAUGAAAUACUAAUUUAAAGCCUAAUUUGACAACUUAGAAGAGUAGAAAAAAAAUGGUCAAAUUUUUGAUAAUAGUUUAAUAAGCGAGAAAAUGCAACUAACUCAUAAAUUUCCAUAACUAUAAGCACAUUCUUAAUCCACUCCUUAAACUCAACAAGGCGAAACUAAAUAAUAUGUCACUCCUAUGAAGUCAGGAGGUCAUUCUAGUGCAGUUAAUCCUUUAUGCGAUUCUGCAAGAGUUAAUACAUCUGCUGGACCCUCUACUCAUACAAUAUAAAGCAAUAAUAUUAAUUAAAUUUAAUAAUAACAAAGCUAACAAUAGCUUUUAUAAGUACAAGGAAGUAACCAAAACACUCUUGCUAGUAAUGCUAAUUAAUCAAAUUCUUAAAAUAUCCCAAUUCAAUAUCUACCUCCUUAAUAGUAAUAUUAUUAAUAUCCUUACUCAUAUCAUCCAAACAGUUAAAAUACAGCUCCAUACUUCCUUACUGCCUAAAAAGAAAACAACUUCCCACCAAAUAAUUUUCAUCAUUAAUAUCAUCCAAAUUAUAAUUAAUUUAAUUUUCAUCCUUAUCCUCCUCCUCACCACCACAUUUAACAUCAAUAAUAAUAAAAUUUUAAUAGCUAUAGUGAAAAUUAAAAUCCUAUGGCAUUUAUGAGCGCUCCGCCAGGAGGUCCUUCUUAUGGUGGCAAUAAUACAAAAUUCUUACCAAGAGUACCAAUAAAAACUAAUUAAUACCACUAAAAAAACACAUCAUCAUAUUUAAAUGAAUAAGAGUAGCUUAAGAAAUAGUAAUAUCUAUAAAAUAGCAAUAACAGUUAAUAGCUUGGUAGCAAGUAACAGGCUUUGCAAUAAUAGUAAUAAGUUUAAUAGCCUUAAUAAUAAUUUUAAAACUCAAAUAACCCUACUUAAUAGUAAGAACAGAGCUUUUAAUAUCCUACAUAGAUUUCUCAGCAGCAACAACAACCAGAAGAUAUUUAAAUUGACGAAUAAAUAUCAGUUUCUCUCAAAAGAAUAAAUUCACUUGAAAGUGUGCAAUAGCAACUAAAUUUUGAUGUAGUAAAAAAUGAUGAAAGUUUGCUAAAAUCUAGUAAAUUGAUUGAAAAUAGCUCAGAUACCAAACAUAAUAUGAAUAACAGUAAUAACUAAAACUGUAUAGAAGAGUUCUUAAGAGAGUCAAGAAUUAGUUGCGAAGGAGAGGAUAUUCUUUCAAACAAUAAAUUAUCUCUCUCUCCUUCAAUAUCAAUAAAAAAUGUGAAAAAUGACAUCAACGAAUUUGAAAGAAGCAUAAAUUAAGAUUCUUAUCCUUGUGAAUUGAUUAGCAACCAUAGAAUUCCCCUUAGUGAUUAAUCAACAAUGAUUAAUAUUAAAUCAGAAAAUUAACACAUAGAGAAAUUACUCAGAUACGAACAUCUACACAAAAAUUCUAAUUUCAAUGAUUUUAUGCACUAUGAGAGUAACAGUGACCUCAAUUUUAUGAUGGAGGAAAAUCCCAUUUAGCAUUUAAAUUAGUGUGACUUUGAUAAGUACAUUGAUUGA